CAGGCGACUAUGUCAUGUCUCUCCUGCUGCCCUUCCCAAAAUCAUUUCAGCUGCUAAUCAUGCCCUUGGGACUCUUGUGGUCUAAAAUCUCAAUGUCCUUUGUACAUGUUGGGAAGCCUUUUUCCCGUCUCAACCUCCCAAAACCCGAAAGGAGCACACCAUGUCUCUUCUGCUACUCUUUCAAAAGCAAGAAGUGAUUAUGUCCUUGGGCCUCGGUGGACGAAAAGACGCGCUUCCCCGCCCGGAUGAGAGCGAGUAUCUUCAUCUGUCUCACCUCAACCUCCAAGAAAGCACAUCAAAGUGUCUCCUCCGUUGGCCUCUCCAAAACCAUGUCGCUCGUUCGACAUGUCCUAGUGAUCUUCGUUCACCAAAUAAAGAAAACUUGUCGUGCAUGUUGGCACUCCACGUCCUCCACCUUCUCUCAAAAAGAGGCAUCGAUCGCAAAAUGUCUCUUCCGCUGCCCUUCCAGAAACUUGCUAGCCCUCGAGGUAUGUCCUGGGGAGCCUGUGUGCACGCGAGCUGUGCUGCACGUGCUGGCGCUUCCUCUCCCGUGCCCUACUCUCAAAAGGCCAUUUUCGCGUUCGAUGUCUCCUCCUGGACAUUCCAUGAACUAACAACGCCUGGAAAAUUGUGCUGUCUCCGGCUCGCCACGCCUUACAAAACCGCAAAACUGGAUUCGCCAACUCGAUGCGGGCUUCCAAACCCACGCGCCGAGACCUCGAUGUGUUUGUCGUCCGGAAGAACAGUGUCACAAAGGACCCUUGCGCAGGGUAUACGUGCUUCUCUCUCUCAUUUGACAACAAAAACUUCUGCAACAGCCAUAUGGACACUCAAACCAUCAUGCCCAAGCCCCAUCCCUGUGUCGCAUCCUUCAUGCCCUACUUCAAGAUGAGGAAAGACAUGGUCUGAAGUUGCGGUGGCAACUCAUCAUGCGAGGUGAGUAGGAGCAGGGGGGGCAUGAAUACUACUGCUGCAGGCACUGGAAGUCUUUACUCAUCCGAAAUGGACAGCAUGACCUGGCAGUGAUGACAGGAUACAUCCCAUCCAUCAUCGUCCACUGCAGUUCAUCAGCACCAUCAUCAUCACCGCACUUACCCAUACUAUAAUCUGGAUCCCCACCAUCUUGGCUCCAGAUCACAACCCGAACCACGACUACCCUCACGUACAGCCAAUAACAUUCCCGCAACGCACUACGUGUCUACCCAUCCCUACCAUACCCGAGGCACCACACACUACACGCCCUACUGCGGGCGUUCGGGAAUGUACACCUGACCC